CUUGCGCAAACAGGUUUCAUUUUGAUUGUUGAUCUCGUGUGGUGACGAACUUCUUCGCUCGCGCAAUCAUCUAUCAAUCAAUUCUUUUUAAAGUGGUAGAAUGAAUCUGAUAAAAUCAAAUUUUACCAUCAUACUCAGUCUGUUGGCAAUAAUUGAAAGUGUCAGUGAAUCGGUUUUUUCGUUACAAAAUACACCCAACGACAACUAUACAGUUUUGAAAAAUAAGUCGUUGAAGGAGCUUCUACUGCUGAGGAAAACUGUGUGUGAAAUAUCGAACAAAUGUUUACGGGACACAGCCGAUGAUCCGCAUUCGGAAAAGUUGCAUGAAGACAGUUCUGAAUUACCGGCCUCGGCAAGAAGUGACAGAUGGCACACCGCAGCUAUGCCGCUAACUAGUUCCGCUACAAGGCGAUCGGGCUAUGCACACGAAGGAAAAUCGGGAAAAAUUCAAUCAAUUUUUCAGCUAAGUGUUACUUCGCUGGCAUUUCUUGCGUUCGCGGGCUAUCUGCUUUGUCUGAUCGUACAGGCGAUCAAAAGUAAAGGUACCACAUACUUUUAUCCCACAAUAACUGGUACAACAACCGCAGUGCUCAAGAAACGACGCCCUGUUAUUAAAAAACGCCGCGACUUGGAUUCGCACCGAAACGUGUCGGCGAUCGACGGAGCCGCUAAUAACGACUUCAGUGCACCUGAUCCCGAAAUUCUCUACACAUCACUAGUGUUAGCAUCUAGAAACAUUAUUUCCAUGGAAUUGAUCAAAUAAAGAGCUUAUGUAUGUGCAUACCUGGUAGGUUCAUAUAUCUGGUUAGCGCCGUGCCGUCCAACACCUUUGCCACCGUACAAGGAAAACUGUUCAUCUGCGGAUGAUAUAUCCCUGGAAAACAAAAAUAAAAAGGAAUGUUUAUAAAAAUGUUGAAACA